UAUCAAUAGUUACGACAGACAGAAAUCUGAUAUCAGAGUGAAAAGCAUGGCAGGUACCAUGGUGAACGACUCCCCCAACAGUAGCACUGGUUGCUUCGAUUCUGCUCGUAAUUAUCUGGACCGCUUUGAAUACAGGAUCGGUUAUGGCAGUCAUCAUAUCGCAGUGCUGAAGAUGGGGAUAAGUCUAUUGGAAACCUUUGAUCUGUAUAUUAGAAAGUGUAGGAGGAGGAGGAGGAGGAGCAAACGGGGUACGUGUUUGGAAAAAGACGAGGACAAGGAUGAUGCUAAGUCUGACAGACUUAGUAGUAUUUCUUUCCGGAUUCAAGAUCUGGUUUGGGGGAUACGGCGCAGACUUGACUGUGGUGCGUCAGAUCAUAGGGGCAUCAAAUGUGAGCUCAACAAAAUCGGUGAAAAUAUCAACUUGUUUUUUGAAACAGAUAUCAAGGAAUUGGACAUCAUCAGUUUGUUGCUUUACUACUCACUGGAAGACUUGCAACUAGUUAUGGAUUUCACCGAUUCCAUAUCAGUUAAUCUAAAGCGUCUUUCCUCAUACUGCAAGUUUCAUGCAUAUGAAGCUCUAAGGACUGUACUGGAAACCCUUCAAGAGAAGCUAAUGUUCUUGAAGAGUUUCGCUCGCUUUGCAACACUACAACGUGUUGAGGGUCAGCCAUUGAUAGAUCUGUUGGGUCACGUUGAGGUUGUGGCGGUCAAUGCUGUUAGCUUGGCUUUUACAUUUUGGUUUCAAAGACGCAAUGAGAAAGUGCGCGAUGAAAUGCAAUUUGAAAUUUCUCAACUAAUACACAAGAUGAUUGAUCCCGUUGAUCCCCAAGUCCGAGAGAUCUAUACCCAUGUCCUGGAAGCUUCCAAGUUAUCAAAAUCAUCCGACACUUUAGCUGUGAAGGAGAAUAGGCAUCUAUUGGUUGAGUUUAUUGAUUAUCUCCUGCAAAGUAUCAUGGGGAUCAUAUCAGAAUGUUAUACCAGUUUCCUGGAUGCGGUGAAGGAUCAAAUGCUAAAGCUCAUUGAGGGAGUAAGAUUCCUGAGUGUCCUUCUUAGCCUGGAGCAGGGGAAGUUCGAUGAGCUAAAUGAUGCAAUGAUUGAUCUAAUUGGAGUUGCAGUCUCUGAUGCAGGUAUUGUGACUUUCUCCCUUUCUGCAAAUGAAAUGAAAGAAGGCUUGUGCAAGGACACAGAUCUGGCUCUUUCUAACUUGCUCCAAGAGCUUCAGCUCAUCAUUGCAGAAGCUGCACAUGUUUAUCCACUAACAUCAUCAUCAUCACUCAGUUUCCCAAGGACUAAAGAACUGGGUUCUCUUGAUUUUCUUCUAGAAACUCUCGAGGAACUAGUGAGUUCGACAGCUGAUUCAAUUGCUUUUCCAAACGAUCAAAUCCGCACAAUCCUAGAAGAUCUUGUAUUCUUAAGAUUUGUCCUAGGGAAUAUUGUGGAGCAAUGCAAUAGGGAUGAAAAACUCCAAGCUCUUUGGAGUCGUAUCAUGAAGGUUGCAUACAGUGCAGAAUUAAAAAUUGACUCUGCACUGCUUGGUGAUAAAUGUGAACCAUGUUUGGAUGCUGUUGCCAGAGAUGUACAUCUCAUGAAGAUUGAGGCUGAAGAGGUCUAUGGUUGCAUUAGAUAUGAUGGUGAAACUCAAAGAGUUACCAAGACGACUAUUAACAUGCCAUCACAAGUUACAGCUCCAAUAUCCACUGAAGCUCUGGUGGGUCUCAAUGAUGAGGUAGAAAGUAUAAUUGAUAGACUUGUGAGAGGAUCAAGGCAGCUAGAUAUCAUUGCCAUUGUGGGUAUGCCUGGACUUGGUAAGACAACAUUAGCCAAUACAAUUUAUAGUGAUCCUACAGUAGAGUGCCACUUCCACAUUCGUGCAUGGUGUUGCUUUUCUCAAGCGUAUACCAAGCAUAGUUUGUUAGUUCAGAUUUUGUGUAGUAUUGAUUGUGAGAGCCAUAUCCAGUAUCUUGACAAUAAUGAAGAUGAUAUGGCUGACAAGCUACGCAAAUUGUUGAAGAGAAAUAGGUAUCUCAUCGUUUUGGAUGAUGUUUGGGACAUUGUGGGGUGGGAUUCGUUGAAACACUCACUGCCAGAUGAUUGCAAUGGAAGUAGAAUUCUCUUAACCAGCAGAUUUCAAAAAUUGUCUUUGCUAAUUAAACCUGAUAGCGAGCCACACCAUCUUCGCCCACUUACAGAUAAUGAGAGUUGUGAAUUGCUGCAAAAAAAGUUAUUUGCCAAAAAAGAUUGUCCUCCAACAUUUAGUAAAGUUGUACUGAACAUAGCAAAAUACUGUAAGGGCCUACCUCUCGCAGUUGUCCUUGUUGCUGGAAUUCUUGCUAUUACUAAGCAAGAUUGCUGGGAAGAAGUUGUAAGACAUCUAACUUCCAGCAUUUAUGUUGACAAUGAACAUUGCAUGAAGACACUUGAGCAGAGUUACAAUUAUUUACCAGAUUAUCUAAAGCCAUGCCUUCUUUACUUUGGUGCAUUUCAAGAAGACCGAGACAUUCCUGUUCGCAAGUUGUUAUGUCUUUGGAUCUCUGAAGGAUUUGUCCAAAAGACUGAAGGAAAGAGCUUAGAGGAUGUGGCAGACGACUAUUUGAUGGAUCUAAUUGGGAGAAGUUUAGUUAUGGCUGCCCAACAAAGAUCUUUAGGUGGGAUCAAAACUUGCAGAAUUCAUGAUUUGGUACAUGAGUUUUGUGUCAAGAAAGCAAAAGAAGAACGUUUUCUACAGAUUUUACACGGGGAUAACCUUCUUACUUUCACUGGCCCGUGUGACCCCCACCGACUGGUUGUCUACCCUAGCACAAGGCGGGGACCUAAAAAGUCAAGGCUAUUUUUUCCCCAUUUGUGUAGUUUGCUCUUCUCUGAUUGUACUUAUACAGAGCUAGAUAUAAUUUCACGCAAAGUUCUGUCAUCUAAACUUCUUAGAGUGUUGGACUGCAGGAAUGAUCCUUGGUCGAGGGCAGAUUUUCCAAGCGAAGUAGUAUUCCUUGUUCACUUGAGGUACUUGAACAUUACGUCUGAUAGAGGGGAAAUCCCAUCUGCAAUAGCCAACCUCUCAAGGUUAGAAACUUUUGUGGUAGGAGGACCCCUUACAAGUUAUUUCUUACCUAACACUAUCUGGAACAUUAAAACUUUGAGGCAUCUUGUCGUUUCAGCAUCACUAGGUGGUUUCAUAUUUCCCAUCAACAGUCUUGAAGGUUCCCCGGAUUUAGAACAUUUAGACACUUUAACCCUUUCAAUCUGGAACCCUUCUCGAGACUUGCAAAAGAUACUGACAAAGUUACCAAGCAUCCGCAGGCUAAGAUGUGUGGGAGACAGUAAUGGAGCAUCUGCUGGAAUUCUCGUGCUGGACUACUUGAGUCGACUAGAAUCACUUAAGAUGAGGUUUCUAAUUGGAUAUGAGUUUGAGUUCCCAUUGAAUUUGAGAAAGUUGACUCUCAUAGAUAAUAAUCAGCCAUGGAGUAUAAUUUCAGCAAUUGGAAAGUUGCACAACCUUGUAGUACUUAAAUUAUGCCGUGUUUCCUUUCUGGGGAAAAAAUGGGAAAUGGAAGAAGGGGAAUUCAGUAACCUUCGAUUCUUGAAAUUGUCAGGGUUGAAUAUUCGCUGCUGGACAGCCUCUUCUGAUAAUUUUUCCUGUCUUGAGAAAUUGGUUUUGCAUCAGUGUUAUGAUCUGGAAGAGGUCCCUUCUUGUUUAGGGGAAACCCUCACUCUUGGCAUGAUUGAGGUGAAAUUGUGUCAUGAGUCAACUGUAAAUUCUGUGAAGCAAAUUCAGCAAGAACAGAUAGAUUUGGGAAAUAAGGGCUUAAAGAUCAUAAUUAAACAAGAAAUUGGUUAGAUCUACUCAGAAAGGGAGUCGAAGCAGAGAAGAAUUCCAGUCAUGAGAUCGGUAUGAUCCUUGAAACCAGCUGCACCCAAGCAUAAAUGCCAGGAAAUCGAAGAUGUUUCAAGAUAAAAAUACACCAAGAAAAAAAAAAAGAUGGAAGAGAAGAAUAUCCUAACUUCUGGCUCGUAGAUCAACUACAAGCUAGUGGAAAGUGGAAACGAGCAAAAAGCAGGAGUACCAAUUGGAUGAAUAUCCUGAAGAAAUGUCCGAUUAAUAUAUAUUUGUUGCAAUGGGAUAGGUGAAUUCAGGAUAUACAGAACAGGCUCUAGCUCUCUGCAAAUGGCUAUGGAAAUUGAUGACUGAAAGUAAAACUAGCUUUUAACGAUGCCGUAAUGGCACUAUCACGAAUCUGCAUUGGUGCAUUGAUAAGUUUGUACAAGUCGUUUUCUAACACUUCAGAAGGUGAACUACAUCCUGGAUUAUAAGCUGCUGGUAACUGGUAGUGCGUUGUCCAUGUAACUUCUGCUAUUCUAGGAAUGGCUAUGAAAGAUAUGUGUGCAGCAUCUACUUUCUCAAACUCUCAUUUUUUGACCGUUGGAAAACCCCUGCCCCGGGGAAGGGGGCGGCAGGGCAGGGUAGGGUGGCAGUAGAAAAGAAAGUUAUCUGGAAGAUAUCCAGAUACUCAUUGUCUGUAUGAGAAGCUAGCCUGAUGCUCAAUGCUGUCACAUCUUCUGUCUUGCACCAUUUGAUAUUGAUCCAAAAUAGUCAAAGGGCCAAUGAUAUAGUUUGUUUCUAAACUGGCACAGCCAAAGUCGGUUUUUCAUGUAUAAUUCUUAUUCUAUAUUGCUCAAAAUUGUAAAGGAGAUGAUGAAAGCCAUUUGUUCAGGUAGUUCUUCAUGUCUCCAUUAGCCUUUCAUGUGGAAUUUACUUCACCUGCUUGGUGUUUUGUAGUCAAUAUAUGUGCUCUCUGUUCUUUUACAUCAAUUUUACCUUUAGAAUUGAAUGGCAAUUUGGAAGCACCAAAAGUAGUAGCCCUACCUUUUGCUGAUGCAACUCACGAGCAGAUGGUCCAAUUUAGUGCUAGCUUUGUGAUUUACCGGAUAUUUUUACAGUUUUCCCCAAUUUAAGGUUAUUGUGGACUUUAUUCUUCUGUUCUGUCGCCUCACUUCUCUGUUGUUCCAUUUCUUGCAAAGCUGAAAAACAGCAUAUACAUAUAUUUAGAUUUCUUUUGCAGGUCCUCCAAGAAAAAGCAUCUGACGUUAGAAGCUUUUUGCUUGUAAUUGUCAGAGUUCUAUACAUAUUACAUACAGAAGGACAAUCAAAAUGAAACCACAAAGUACUGCAGCAUGAAUGAAUGACUUGAUAGUAUUCUUGCACUACAGGCCUGCAGCGAAUGCCUCAACUAGGGAAGUAUUCAUGAUGCUGUCAAGGUUCUUGAAUUGAAUCUUUCCAGUGGAUGGGUCGUCCAGUAUUAUAUCAAAAACUGGAGGCUUUGCAUGAGCUACUUAACCUUCAUGCUCUUCCUGUUUUUGAUCUUGUUCUUGACAGAUAACCCCUUGAUUCUAGGAUCGUAUCCCACUAGCUUGCUCACGACCUGAAGAAGUUGUUAC